UGUGGUUCUAAUGGUCUUAAACUUUUAAUUAUAUUGGUGAUUGUAGGCUGGACUAGAAUUGCAGAACGUAUUGCACUUGAAACAUCAAAACAGACUAAUGCCCCACUAGAUGAAGUGCGCAAGAACAUUUGGUUGGUGGACUCAAAGGGAUUGAUUGUUAGUUCCCGAAAAGAAUCGCUUCAACAUUUUAAGAAGCCAUGGGCCCAUGAUCACGAACCUGUUCAUCGACUCGUAGACGCUGUUAAUAAAAUCAAACCAACAGUGUUGAUUGGAACCUCUGGACAAGGAAGAACUUUCACUAAAGAGGUUAUUGAGGCAAUGGCUUCAAUCAAUGAGAAACCUAUCAUUCUUUCACUUUCCAACCCAUCUUCACAAUCAGAAUGUACUGCUGAAGAGGCUUACAAGUGGAGCCAGGGUCGCGCCAUUUUCACUAGCGGAAGCCCGUUCCCUCCUGUUGAGUAUGAAGGAAAAGUUUUUGUGCCUGGCCAGGCCAAUAAUGCAUACAUAUUUCCCGAACAGAGUAGAGAUUCUCUACCGCCGAACAGAGCAGAGAUUCCCCACCGCCAAUGCACCACAAACGCGAAGACCCAGAUCAACACAGCACCUCGCCACCACCGACUGACCCAACAAGGCAGCACAACAGACAGCACCCACGAGGCCACGAUCAACACAACACCUUGCCACCUCCACUCAGCAGCGUUUCUGGGUUCUGGCCACCCACGAUCAACACAGCAGGUCGCCACCUCCACCUCAGUUUAUUGUUGA